AUGCAGGACAAAUACAGGAUAAAGGAAAGUACACAACGGCAAUCAUCAGCCAACAUAUUGCAGUCGCAAUUGCCUUCUCGCGUCAUUUGGCAAAUGAAUGUCCCCAGCGAGGCUCAACUGUUGGGUAUAACUACAAAUGCAGAAAGUGUUCUGGAUGAGAAGUUCACUAGCUGCACCAACCUGCCAGAACUGUUGUCCUCUUCAACUCCAUGGAAGUGCAUAACGCAGUGCCUAUUAAAAGAUCCAUCCGUGCUGGAGAUCAUACGACAGAACUCGGACGCUGAGGCAGCCAGUUUAAUAACAGCGUUACCCAGUUAUAGAGAUUUACUGAAUAGAUCCAAGGAACGCAUUCAAUGUUUCUUGGCCGAAGCAGACGAAGUAGAGCUUCGUCAAGUCCUUUCUCUUCUGAGUCGUUGUCCAUUCACGGAAUCCAAAGCAAACAGACCCGAGGUUGAAGCUCCUGAUGGUGACAGUCUUCAGUUGAACACAGACGCCAAGAUUGGAAAAGACAUACGGCGAGUUGUGUCCGGCAGUAACAGAUCAAGUGAAUCGUCUUGUUCAGCAGCAAGUUCUGAAACAAUUCGUGCCAACUAUACUACUCUUGAAUGUGAUAUUUCUCCCAAUGAUGCUAAGCGCGCUAUCCACCGCGCUCACAGCCGUACAGCCUCGGUGAAGCACGUCAAUACCUUAAAGGAUGAGCACGCUGAUCCCUCAGAGGGGCCAUCGAGGGGAUCUGGUUCUCAUGCAUUAUCACAAUCUUUCAGCGACGUAGACUCUCUCUCCAGCUGUGCACAGCGGAGUGGUUUUGCGAUUUUGAACCAAGCGCAACUGAGUUCAUUAGCCAGCGCAAUGGACGCACGUUACAGCACAUUAGCGAGCAGACAACAGGCACUUCGCCAGUUGGUACACUUACCAAUCAUUGACGUGCAGGCUUGCGAAGCCUGGAAAGAAGCAGCUCAAACGGAACCUAGAGAAGAUAUACAAGAAACCGAUGAAGAUGAAGCAAACAUGGAAGCGACUAACAACGCAGACCACGCAUCCCAGAACGAGCCAGUUAAAUAUGGAGGGUUGAAAAAUAGGUUAGCUGAAGCCCUCGAUGAUGAAGAUGAGACCUUAUGGUCUUUAGCCCUCCGCUACGUAAGUAAAGGACUCUCAACCACUCCGCAGAACAUCCGGGAGUCUUUUGUUCUACUGACUGUUCAUAUACGAAACCUAUUCAACAAGAACAUCCGGAAUAUUCCUUGUGUUUCCGAUGGGAUUAACCUGGCAACCAACCCAGUCAAUCGAAUGACUAGGGCGUGUCAUUUGAUGAACCAGUUCCACCGAGAUAUUCCACAUUAUUGGGUCAGAUACUCAGAGCAAUUUUUGAACGAAAUUCUUACUCGAAGUCUGGAGGUUCUUUCAAUCGGAUGUUCCAUGGGUUCCCAACUGGAUUAUGUUCUUCAGCCGGUUAAUCCGUUAUGUCUACUGAGCCUAAUUGAUUACAAGGCAGAAUGGUUUGGAAUUUGGAUGCAUUCAGCCUAUUCAAGGGAUCCAAUUAUUAACCACCUUCAAAAGGAUCCAAGUUUGCUGCUGUUUUGCCUGCAAGUCCUUUUCAAUUUCACAAAUGAGAAGAAUCAAGAUGGAUCAUUGGCAGCCGUAGAAAGUAAAGCCAGUUCUUCGUCCAGUAAUGGCAAGGAAUAUUACUCUGCAGCGGAGUUAAACUAUGCACUCUUUGUGCAUUCAGUGUCCAUUAUAUGCUUUAUCCUUUCGCACUCUCGUGGCCGGAGCCUUCUGAACCACAUCGAAUUGGCUAAAAUUCGUCCAGGACAUCCGUGCAUCAUGAAUGGAUCAGUGAAACAACUGGUACACGCCAUGCUUCAGUAUCUCCUGCAAGAGAAGAUACACAUACAACCUACGUGCUAUGGAAGGAACGCUUUGAGUAGUCUGGUUAAAGGUCUGAUGGAUCUCGCAUGCCAGCCUGGCACUUGUAUCGCCUGCUUUAAAAGUGAUUCUGAGAUAGACUCAAAUGAUUCGCCGGCCCACCUAUUACUGACUGAACUCCGUUGCUUCUAUGAAAAAACAUCAUCAACCGAUGCACAGUAUCACUUCACGCAGACAAAGAAGUCCGUACUAGAAAUGCAGAUUCAACUAAUGCAAUGUCUUGCGUCACACAGAGAAGGUCUCAUCCUUUUGAGAGGGUUACAGACAAAAAUAGGUGAAUGGAGCAUUUCAACUGUCGAAUUAUUUCAUGAAGUGAUCAAUCGGUCUCUGGCUAAAUAUGAAGUACCGGAGGCAGGAAAUUCCUUUUUAAAUGACCGAAUAUCUGUUGAUCAACUAAUUGCACUGAUGCAGAUCUCAAUGAAGCUUCACAAUUUAUCGAUUACACCAGAACUUGAUCAUUUGGACAAACUGUGCACGCAGGUGCUUCGUUUGUGGAAAACCAUGAUGCCGAAAUCAAGAGAUCAUAAAAGGGGUGCGUCGGCUAUGGAACUGACCCAUAUUCAAGAACGCGCCAUCCGUACGAUUGGUCUGCAAUUGGCUGAAACGUGCCGAGGGGUAGCGUACUUGUCCUGCGCUGGUCUUUUGCAUGAAUGCGCACAGGAUUUGGCUGAUCAUCUGAGCAAUCACUCUUUGUCCCUAGACCCUCGUUCAGCCGGCAUUAUCUUCACCCAACUAUGUUCCACGCAAGAUGGAAUUGAGGCCUUGCUUUCGGCAGGCCUUGUUGACAAACAGUUUGUUGAAGUUUGGAGGAGACUGUCUAUCAAUGGCCAUGCGGACUGUGAUUCGGCGUCUAACGUAUCAACGUCAUCGAUGAAAUGGUCGGUGGACCCCAUCGACAGAACAUUAUUUAAGCCGUUCAUUGCCUUGGUUAAAUUGACAAGUUCCUUCUGCGCUUUCGGACAACAUUUUGUCACAGUGGAUAGCAGGAAGGCAAAGGAUGACUCAAAGACCAAGACAAGUACACCCACCAGUAGUAUAGUGGAAUUUCUUCGGGCUCUUGUUUUACCCACCUCCACCCAAGUUUUCUUGGAUGGUGAUCAGGCACAAAUAUUUGGAAUGCGCUUGUUAUCCUGCAUGAUGGCAGACUUAGAUUGCAUGCUGUUUAUUGAGAAGCAACUCAAUCUGCUUGACGGUUUGCUGCAUGCUCAAAAUGAAAACCGCAGCGGCACAGGAGCAGUCAUCUUGGAUGCAUUAUCAGUGGAACGUAACUAUCUGUUGGUCAAAUGCAUAGUAACUGGUGGGCCAAACGAACGAAUCCUACCCCAUCGAUUAAUUUGUGAGCAUACUUUAGAUCCAUAUCCUUAUCCGAUGUUGACUUCGUCAUGGAGUCCUGAAGAUCUUACAGCCUUUGAUACGCUGGACGACCGCAAUUCACUUAGGAAGGCUUGCGCAGUGCAUCCAUGCACGUCUUGGUACCAACAAAUGUUUCAAGAAGAUCCACGCAGUUUUGCUUCCUUCUGCUGGUCACCAUUAUGCAUGUCGGUUUGUCAAACAAGUGCAAGCUUUAUGGAGGCUCCAAACUCAGUUCAGACCAUCAACCGAUGGCAACAAAUCUGUCGGGAUGCACUUUUUCGCUCGACAUUUUCAGCAUAUUCGGAUUUUGACGACGAUCACGUGAUCACGUUCAUGCUGCGUGCCGUGCAAUGCGGUAAGUGGCUGUAUGAAACCGAGAACCCGUGCCUCAAAGAACUUACCACAGUGGAAGAUCAGCGCGCAAUGGAGACCCUGCUUCUGGCGGAAGAAGAAGUUCUCGGAGCCCAAUUUGCAGUUCGCUAUGGUCAAAGAAUUGGCUUGCUUGAACAUGUUGGUCACUGGAGUGAACUGACUAACACACACGUCCAUUCACUGUGCCUGCUACUUAAACGAUGCCGUUGGAGUUUGGAAAAUUGCACAACAUCCUUCCAAGACACCGUGGUCAACUCUGUUGCCUCAUCUCUCGAAUCAUGUUUCAGUCAUGGUUUUGACUGGUUUGCGGCAACGGUCUUUCUAAUUUCCAAAGGCAACCUGGAUUCGACAUGGCAAUUUUUGAGCCGAUUUGCACGUGACAUACGCUCAGUUUACUUGUGGCCAAUCCGUGGGAGGUUGUUGUUUGGCAAACGCAGUGCAAAUAGUUCCCUGACUCCGUUUAUCACAAACUCCUGCCACUUUCUAAAUCAUAUCGUGGCCUUGGAGUGUCCCACGUUGUACAAUACCUUCCAGAUGGUUCAACUCUGUCCGUCACAGAUUUUUAUGCGGUGGGUCAACCAGUGCUUUUGGAAUUAUCUAAAUUGGUGCGACAUCGUGGAUUACAUAAUCACCUGUCUGCUGCAUCCUGCUGGAUAUCAGAUCUACUUUACUGUUAGCAUUCUUCGGCAUUUACAUAAAACGAUCGCGAAAUGCAAACUGGAGCGUCCGACAGAACAAGAACAGCAGCCGGAACAGUUGAUUGUAUUCCUUCAAGAGGAACCAAUCCGUGGCUUUCACCUGAAGGACCACAUAUCCUACAUCAAUGCCCUUCACGACAAAUACGGCCAAGGUUUGGAACCGUUACUAGCCAACUUGAAUCCCUUUGGUCUGUGAUUUACCACGUGUAUGUAUAUACCAGUGUACAUACUCAUUCGAUGACUUUCUUACAUUUGAAUUAGAGUGAAUUCUUCACUUUUGGUCAGUUCAGUAUUGCUAAUCAAUCGCAGUUGUCUCAUGUGGAUCGUCAAUCUAAAGUUUGACUGACCACAGUUAUUAAACACAUCUCUACAAUAUCCUGCGCAGCCGUGAUGCGCCAAACACGAAAAAUAAAGUGAUUUUCGG